CACAUACCCGUUAAUCAAACAUAUACCCACAGCAAUAUACACACCCGCCAACAGAGACACUAGAACAAAGAUAAACACACACAGACAUUUAAACAAAGAUAUACAGAAAUAUAUCAAAGUAACACCCACAUAUUUAUAAACUUCCGUAUGCUUCAUUAUACAUAACCCAUCGAAGAGUCGCAUAAUUCUUUCUGCUGUUUCAACGAACAGAACUCGCAAGAUUUUAGAAGGACUUCAGGCUGAAAUUGAACCCUAAAUAUUAUUUGAGGCGGCUUAUUUCUUUUUGCUGCAUCUGACGGUUACGGAUCAUACUUCCAACUGAAAAUGAGUCGCUCACUUAUUCGCUUAUUUUCCAGAGAAAUAAAAGUUAAUGAAAUUAUGGAUGAAAUUAAAAAUGGUGACACUAACUACAUGAAAAAACUUAUUAAAGACAAUCCAAAUAAGAUUAACCAAGGAAAUUCAUGGGGCCAAACUUACCUGAUGGCUGCUUGUCGAUGGGGCAAAACAGAUUUAAUAAACCUGUUAAUAGAUGCUGGAGCUGGAUUGAACAUAAGUGACAACAUAAAUGGUUCUACAGCUUUGCAUUAUGCUGUGUGGUGGUAAGUUCAGAAUUAACUAAAAUCUUCAGAUCUGAUUUUUGUUUCUAAAUU